AAAAAAAAAAGCAACCAGAAUUUUUUUUUAAAUGCAGCAACAAUGAACUUUAAUAAUAAAACUUUAGCAAUCAUUUUUUUAAUUUCAAUAAUAAUCAUCAAUACAUCAUGUGCAGUUACACAAUUUAAUAAUUCACAAAUUUCAAAUUGUAAAGAUAUUGAAGCACCAUGUAAUUUACAAGAUUCAGUCUAUUGGAAUAAUAAUAAAUUACCAUCUGAUGGUGAUGAUAUUAUAGUCGAUUUUUCAACAUUAAUAGCAUCUGAUGCCGUUAAUAUUAAAAAUCAAUUAUUACUAUCAACAUUUUCAAAUGAUAAUAAUAUUAAAAAACUACCAUCCUCAACUCCAACAACAACAAAUUUAGUUUAUUUAUUUUUAAAUAAUUUAAAUGCAACUUAUAAUUCACUAAAUUUGGUCGGAUAUAAUGGUGGUGCAGACAACAUUACAAUAAGUUUGGUAUUUUCAAAUAUUCAAAUAACAGUCGAGAAAUUAAAUCUGACAAAUUCAUACUUAAACCUAAUCAAUGCAAGUAGUUUUGUAAAAGUUGAAGACAAAUUAAUUUUAUCAAAUAAUAGUGUAUUCAAUAUUACACAGAAGAGUAAAUUACAAGUAGAUGGUGUAGCCCAAGUAGAUUCAUCAAGUUUUUUAAAUUUUUAUAAUGAAUCUACCUUAAGCUUAAACGGUGAAUCCAUAUUCAAGUCCUCUCCAUUGUUUCAAAACAAUAGUACCUUAAUCAAUUCAAAUGAUCCUUCAACAGUUUAUUUCCACAGUGGUGUCAAGUCUUAUGGAAAUGCCGUAUUGUCCAAUUGCCAAUUUUACAAAUCUAGCUAUUUCUUAGGAAAUGUUUCUGUUGACGGUAUAGUCGAUCUAGUCAGUAAUAGUACAUCCGCCAGUAGUAUAUCAGUUUACGGUAAUCUUGAUGUCGAAUCUCAUGCAUCUAUCAAUAUCAAUAAUGGAUCUGUAUUAUCAUUAGGUGGUAAAAUUAAUGGAAGAUCAUCAUUAGACAGUGAAAAUAACAAUUUGUUUUUAAACGGUGGUACUCUAGAAAUAGUUAAUUCAAAUUCCAACUUCUCCAUUUCAAAUUAUACAUCAAAUAACGAACAAUCAUAUGGUUCAAUUUAUUUCAUCCAAGUCGGAAGCAAUGGUUCAUCUCUUGAAUUAUCAAGUAGUAUAGUAGGUUUCAACAACUCAAAUAUAAAUGUAGGUGUUAUGGGUUCGGCUUUAUAUAUUAUUAACAGUACAUUUAAUAGCUUCUAUGAAGAUGGGUCCCAGGUCGCAAAUGGAUCACUCAUAAGUACAAGCAACGUAACUAUCAACUCUUUACACUUACAUUUCACCAAAUUAGUAAUCGAGGAAGAAAGCACUUUUAUCUUGGGUGGCAAUGCAAUUGUAGAUUCCGCUUUUUUGAGCUAUAGCGAAAAUAAUAUCGAUACUAUGGGCAAUUUUAUUAUCACCAAUACAAACAUUCAAGUUCCACUAAUCAACUUGAUCGAUAAAAUGGAAUCAUUAUUCUAUUUAAUCAACAGUAACUUGUAUGGCUCAUUAAAUGUAACCGAUAAUAAGUUUUAUCCAGUUGGUGUAUCAACAGUUUCAAAAGAUUUAUAUGUUGGAACUGGUGGUGAAAUUGUUUUUGAUCGUUCAAAUACUCAAUUAAUAGUCGGUGGCAAUUUAUACCUUCAAUCAAAUUCUGUAUUAUAUAUUCAAGAUAACAAUUCCAACAACAACCUAAUUAAAAUCAAUGGAAAUUUAACAAUCGCAGGCAAAUUGGUUGUAAACAUAAAGUGGACCAAUAAAAUCAAAUCUAGUGAUUACUCUUUAAAAUUAUUCGAAUUAGACCCCAAGAUUCAAAAACAACAGGUUAAUGGUGUAUUUAAUGACGGAAUUUCAAUUUUGUUUAAUGGUGCUUCUCCAAAUGAUAGAAAUAGGGUCGAUGGUUAUAGAAUCAAAGUUGAUAGUUCCUAUGUUUCCUUAGAAAUCCCUUAUAAAAAGCUUCCCAAAUGGUAUAUUCAUGUUUUGGUAAUCGGUAUACUAUGUGUAAUCGGUUUUGUUGCUGGUUUAAUAUAUGCUAUUGCUGGUAUUAACAAUGCUUUAAAAUAUUAUGCAUACAAAAGAAGAGAAGAAAAAGAAAAUAUUAGCUUACCAUUAUUGAAAAAUAAAGAUAAUACUUCCACAGGUGGUAAUAAAGAAGAUAAAGAAAAUAAAAAAGAUGAAGAUUUAGAAAAGGUUCCAUUAAAAAAAUCAAAAAAUAACAUUGUAACCAAUAAUAUCAUUAUUACAAGCGAAAAUAACAAUAGUAAUAAUAGCAGUGAUGAAAAUGAUAAUAUUGGUAGUGAAAAUAAUGUUUAGAAAUAUAACUUUAAAAUAAAUAAAUAAAUAAAUAAAUAAAUAGAUAAAUAAAUAAAAAUAAAAUAAAUAUAAAAUAAAUAUAAAAUAAAU